AUGGGAGCGGGCGCAUCGCGCGUGGAAAGCGAGGGGGCGGCCGCGGUGGAGCGCGGACAGCUCUCCGCCGCAGAAACGCCUCCUCGCCCGACGCGGUCCCUGGUCGAGCGUUUGUCGUUCCGGAAGUCCAUGCGGCGCCAGCAGUCCAAGCGCGACCCCGCGGAGGCCGACGAGGCCGGGAGCGACGCGGCGACGACCGCGCACAGCGCAGCGACCGGCGUGGCGGGCGCCGUGGUCGACGCCCGCGCGGCCGUCGCGGCGUACUUCGAGUGGGAGCGCGCGUGGGGCACGCGCGUCUCGCUCGGCACCCGCGAGACCGUCCGGGCGAUCAUGGGCGCCGGGGGCUGCGCGAGCGAGGACUCCGUCGACCUGUCUGGGGAGCCCGGGUUCGACGGCGACGGCGCGCGCGCGCUCGCGGCCUCCCUGCCGCACGCGGGGCACAAGCUCAAGGUCCUCCGGGCGCUGGACAACGAGCUAGGCGACGGCGGCGUCGCGGAGCUCGCCGCCGCCCUCGCGCACUGCGGCGUGCUGAGGGAGCUGGCGCUCUCCAGGAACGCGAUCGGAGACGUUGGAGCCGCGGCGAUCGGCGACGCGAUCGCCCAGGGGCACACCCCGAAGCUGACGGUGCUCAGCCUGGGGCGCAACCACCUCUCCGCCGCCGGCGCCGAGGCCCUGGCGCGCGGCUUCGAGCGCGUGCCGGACCUCGACGUCCUCGGGCUCUACGAGAACGACCUCGGCGACGAGGGCGGAGAGGCCGUCGGCAGGGCGCUGCGGCACACCCGGCGGCUCUCCAGGCUCUUGCUGGAGCGCGUCGGCCUGGGGGCCCCCGGCGCGCUGGCCCUCGCGUCGAGCGUGGCGUCCCUGCAGCGCCUGAGCACGCUCCAGCUGAACGACAACGCCAUCGGGGAGGCCGGCGCCGUCGCGCUCGCCGCGGCCCUCCGCGCCUCGCAGGCGCCGCUCGAGCGGCUGUGCAUCGACAACAACCGCGACAUCGGGGACGCCGGGGCCGCGGCGAUCUUCGAGGCGAUCGGGCCGACGCAGCGCUCGGCGCUCGCGCUGCGCACGCUCAGCGCCGAGGGCGUCGGGUGCGGCGUGGAGGGCGCGCGCGCGCUGGCGCGCAUGCUGCGCCGCGCGGUGGACGUGACGGACCUGCACCUGUCGCGGAACCCGGACGUCGGCGCGGAGGGCGCGGCGGCGCUCGGGGCGUCGCUCGCGUGCGCGGGCCGGCUCUGGCGGCUCGCGCUCGGGCGGUGCGCGCUGGGCGACGAGGGCGCGCGCGCGCUGGCGCCGGCGCUGGCGCAGCUGCGGCACCUGUCGACGCUCGCGCUGCACGGCAACGGCCUGAGCGACGAGGGCGCGGCGGCGCUGUCGGACGCGCUCAGCGGGAGCCAGGCGCUCGUGCUGCUCUACCUGCACCGCAACGAGCUGUCCGACUCGGGCGCGCGGCAGCUGGGGCGCUCGCUGUGCGGCGCGCCGGGCCUCGCGGAGGCGCACCUCGAGGGCAACCGGCUGUCGGAGGCCGGGGCGCUGAGGCACUCGCUCGAGCGCACGCUGACGGGGCAGGUGUUUACGUGA